CAAACUUCAAAUCUUUGACAUAAUUUGAAGGAUAAUUUGAGUGUUUUUUCUUUUAUUAGGAUGAUUAUUUUUCUACUCUUGAAGCUUUGCAUCCAGAUGACUAUGAACAACGUAAAAGUGAAGGGAAGCUUGAUGCUGAUGUCCUGUAUAGUAGUGGGAAUGGCUUAGCUCAUGGCCGUGUGCCAAUAGCAAAUGGUGCUAUAAGAAAAUGUGAUAUGAAAGAAAGUGGUAGGACAUCCAAUUCCACAAGGCAACCAAGCUCGGCGUCUUACCAAUAUCUUGUGAGGCGGAAUGCACACUUGGAGAAGGGCUAUCAGAUUGGACUUGUUUUGAUCAAACAAAUGCCGGAUUUUUAUGCCAAGCUAAACAUGCCAAUACCAGAAGAAAUCGCCACCAUUUUGCGAGAAGCAAAUACAUGUGCACAAUCAAGUGAGCAGGUUAGUCAGUCAUCACAUGCUGAAAAUGGUGGUUCUGCCAAUGGAAAUGGCAUUGCAGACAAUGGUUCUCCAUGCAGGAGCCAUGACAAUGACGCUUUUGGUAGUGGCAACCGUGACAAUGAAGAUGACCCUAGUCUGGAAUGAAAUGGGGAUGGGUACAACGUACAUCUUUUGUG